AUGACCCAACCUCAAACACCCCACGAACAACCUACUAGCCCGACUCGUCAAAAAAUCACCGGAAUGAGACUCAUAGUGCCAUUACAAGGCAUAGUUCAAGGUAGAGGAGGCUUAAUACUAGGUUCCUUGAUACCUUGUGCUCUUUUUUACUUCUUCCAACUCUACUUAAAGCGACACCGUGGUAACAGUUCAAACUCUUCUUCGAAUCCUCCGUCGCCGUCUAGUUCAUCGCCCAACCUUGCGGAGAUUCCGAGGACGUCAUCCAGGUUGAAUUUGCUCGGUCGGGUUGGGUCGGUUGGUCCGGUGAGGGUAUCUGGCAGGGCUAGUUUGAUUGGGAGAGGGAAUGAUUCGCCUUAUUAUAUUGGAUUGGAUAAGGUUUCGGAGGACCCGUAUGAGAAAACGGGUAACCCGAAUGGGAUUAUUCAACUUGGAUUAUCAGAGAAUAGAUCGUGUUUCGAUUUGAUAGAGAAAUGGAUGGUGGAGAAUUUGACGGAAGCAAUGGUGGGAAGGGAUGGUGAUGAUUUGAGUAUUAAUGGGAUCGCGACAUAUCAGCCAUUUGAUGGAUUGAUGGAGUUGAAAGUGUUAUUUGUUAUACUAUUUACUUGCUUUAGUUAUUUGCAGGCUAUGGCAGGUUUCAUGUCUCAGGUGAUGGGAAAAGUGGUGUCAUUUGACCCCUCCCAAAUGGUACUGACUGCGGGUGCUACUCCUGCUAUUGAGAUACUAUGCUUCUGCUUGGCAGACCAUGGAAAUGCAUUUCUUAUUCCGACACCAUAUUAUCCUGGAUUUGACAGGGAUGUGAGAUGGCGAACAGGAGUGGAGCUAAUUCCUGUUCACUGCCGCAGCGCUGACAACUUCUUAUUAAGCGUUACUGCUCUUGAACAGGCAUACAACCAGGCUAGAAAACGAGGAGUAAAAGUUCGUGGGAUUCUGAUUUCAAAUCCCUCAAACCCUGUUGGUAAUAUACUUCCUAGGGAAACCCUCUAUAAUAUACUAGACUUUGCCCGAGAGAAGAACAUCCACAUUAUCUCCGAUGAGAUAUUCGCUGGGUCUGUGUAUGGAGGUGAGGAAUUUGUGAGCAUGGCCGAAAUUCUUGAGGGAGAAGAAUUUGAUAAGGACAGGGUUCAUAUAAUAUAUGGGUUGUCAAAAGACCUUUCUCUUCCAGGAUUUAGGGUUGGGGUUAUCUAUUCAUACAACGGAAGUGUUUUGACUGCUGGCAAACAGUUAGCUAGAUUUUCUCCUAUUUCUGCUCCAAGCCAGAUGUUACUGAUUCCAAUGCUGUCAGACACUAAAUUCAUCAAAGAAUACAUGGAGACUAACAAGCAGAGGAUACUGACAUUGUAUCGUUCUUUUGUUGAUGGUUUCAAACAACUGGAAAUCAGGUGCAUAGAAAGCAGUGCUGGUUUCUACUGUUGGGCUAAUAUGAGUGGACUAAUCCCAACUUACAGCGAGAAAGGGGAACUUGAGCUAUGGGAUAAGCUUUUGAAUAUUGCUAAGGUCAAUGUAACUCCUGGAUCAGCAUGUCAUUGCAUAGAACCAGGAUGGUUCCGGUGUUGUUUCACUACAUUAGCUCUAGAGGAUAUUCCUGUAGUCAUGGAACGAAUCCGCAAAGUGGCAGAAACUUGUAAAUCUCCUGGUUGA